GCAUUUUUCUCUAAGUGCGCUAAAGCUGCUGACGAAACUGAAUUAUGCAGUUUUGAACUCUGAACUGAACCGAUUUUGAAUUUGAAUAAUAAAACAUGAUUGUUAGAGGAGUGAGAGGAUUAAGCCUCCAGCGAAUAGUUCAUACAAAUAAAUGCUGGAUUGCGAAUUUCUACUUUGCAAGCUCACUUCAUGGUCCCAAUGGAGAAUUAAAUAAAUUAAAAAACACAUCCAGACUUUUAGUAGGGAGUAAUGAGCAGGAGCCAAGUUCUACCACAACUGAACGAUACUGUUACGAAUUCUGCCAGGGAUACUCAAAACUACCAAGUGGAGAAGUUCGUGAUUUUUUGCUCCAUCUUGCUCCAAGCUGUCGAAUUGAUAAACAACUUGUUCUUGAAGCUGCCUCAACCAUCCUUAAACAGAACUCAGAUGCAAAAUUUGACAAACUUCAGAAAUCCCUGCAGUCUGUCCUAACUCCGCCAAUCAAUAAAAUAUUUUCAAAAAUUGGUCAAACAAGGGGUGGAAUCAAAUUCUUGAUUGAUCUAAGAAAAGAUGUGCUAACACAAAUGAAGACUCUAGACCCCACCUCACAAGAGCACAAGGAUUUGCAAGAGUUAUCGCAAUGUUUGAAGAAUCUACUUUCAGUUUGGAUUUCUGUAGGAUUUAUGAAUAUCCGACGAGUCACGUGGGACUCUGCUAGUUCUCUGCUUGAGAAGAUAUCUGUUUACGAGGCCGUUCAUCCACUUAGAGGCUGGACGGAUCUCAAAAAUCGAUUGGGUCCAUACAGGCGUGUUUUCGUGUACACACAUCCUAGUAUGUCUGAAGAGCCGCUGGUAGUACUUCAUGUUGCACUUACUAAAGAGGUAUGGGAAAAGACCUAAAAAAAUCAAAAUGGA